UAACCCGGGCUGACCCCGACCAGCAGCACCCAGUAUCCCCUCUUUCAAGGCCCACGCGUGGGGACUGGCAGCGGGGCGGGCGGCUCUGCAGUUGGAGGGCGCCACCCCGCCGCGUGCACGCGCCUCCCUCGGGACUGCGCGCGGGGGGAGGGAGAGGCGGGAGCGCGAUGACGUCUCCGGGACGCCGACAGGUUCCUAUUGCCGCCGCCUCCGCUGCUGUUGCUGGGGAAGCAGAGAAAUUCUACAUUUGAACAUUGGUUGGACAAACUGGCCAGCCACCUGUUAGCCAGACGCACACUGUUGGUGCUUCUUGUGAGAAGCCAAACAUUCUUCCUCCCCACUGGUUGCUAGGAAAGGAAAUUGCUUCAGGUUAUCCGAGAUGGUGAAUUGAAGAACUAAGUUUUUUCCAAGAUGAACAAAGUAAAAACAACAUCAGAGAAAAGUCUUACUAACAAUUCUCGGAUUGUGGGUCUGCUGGCACAGCUGGAGAAGAUUAAUUCAGAAUCUUUGUUGGUAGAAGCAGACACUGCCAGAUAUGUUACCUCAAAGAUCCUUCAUCUGGCUCAGAGUCAAGAAAAAACCAGGAAGGAAAUGACUGCCAAAGGUUCCCCAGCAAUAGAAGUUAUCCUUUCAACAUUAGAGAAUACAAGAGAUCUUCAGACUACUCUAAAUAUAUUAAAUAUCCUCAUUGAAUUGGUGUCAGUUGGUGGUGGUCGGAAAGCAAGUGUCUUAGUUUCUAAAGGAGGGACGCAGAUCUUGUUGCAGUUACUUUUGAGUGCCAGCAAAGACUCCCCACCCAAUGAGGAGUUAAUGGUGCAGCUUCAUUCCCUUCUUGCAAAAAUUGGUCCAAAAGAUAAAAAAUUUGGAGUAAAAGCUCGAAUCAGUGGCGCUCUAAACAUAUCUCUGAAUUUGGUGAAACAGAAUUUGCAGAACCACAGGUUAAUCCUGCCAUGUCUUCAAGUACUAAGAGUAUACUCAACCAACUCUGUAAAUGCAGUAUCCUUGGGGAAAAAUGGAGUUGUGGAACUGAUGUUCAAGAUCAUUGGCCCUUUUAGUAAAAAGAAUACUGGCCUUAUGAAGGUUGCUUUAGACACACUUGCUGCAUUGCUAAAAUCAAAAACGAAUGCCAGGAGAGCGGUAGACAGAGGAUAUGUCCAUGUGCUUUUAACAAGUUAUGUAGAUUGGCACCGUCAUGAUAAUCGACAUAGACACAUGCUGAUCCGUAAAGGAAUUUUACAGUGUAUUAAAAGUGUUACAAAUAUCAAGUUGGGAAGGAAAGCGUUUAUUGAUGCCAAUGGGAUGAAAAUUCUUUACAACACUUCCCAAGAUUGCCUUGCUGUGAGAACUCUUGAUCCUCUAGUCAACACAUCAAGUCUUAUAAUGAGAAAAUGUUUUCCUAAAAACCGUCUUCCACUACCAACUAUUAAAAGUGUUUUUCAUUUCCAACUACCAGUUAUCCCUAUUAGUGGUCCUGUGGCUCAGCUGUACAGUUUGCCUCCUGAAGUGGAUGACGUAGUAGAUGAAAGUGAUGACAAUGAUGACAUCGAAACAGAAAGUGAGAUUGAAAAUGAAAAUGAAGAUGACAAGGACCACCUCUUUAAGAACGACGAUAUAGAGACUGAUAUUAAUAAACUGAAACCAAGGCAAGAAUUGGGACGACCCGUAGAAGAACUAAAAAUGUAUGAACAAUUUUUCCAAGAACUUUCAGAUAACUUCAAGGACUGUGACUUAGUCUCCAAGGAACCAAAGCCUUUUGCAUCUGAUGCAAAUCUAGGUGGACCUAUUGUUGUUCCUACUGCAGGAGAGGAGCAGUCUGUAGAACCAAAUCACUCAGUCAAGGGAAUUACUGUGAAAGAGAGCAAUCACUUGCAAGCAGAGGAGUGCAAUAAAAGGCCAGCCUUUUUGGAUCUGCCAAAGAAAGAUCGCAACAAAGACAAUAGCUUACAGCAGCAAAGUGAUCAAAAGAAACUGCUUUCGUCAUGUCAGUGCCUAAGCUAUGAAAUAGUGAAAGGCUUGGACAGGAUCACUUUGCAGAAUACUUCAAAAAAUGAACAGUAUUGCAAAACAGGGUGCGUAAUGAAGAAAGAAAGCAAAACUAGUCUUACCUCACUCACUUGUAAUAAACCUUGCCAACAUGUUUCAUCUUGCGGAAGUGUUCUGUUUGAGGGACGAUCUGUCCAGCUGGGAAAGCUGUGCUUCACGGGUGUUGAUCCUGAGGAAGAGGAUGAUUCCAGCUCGCAUUCAUCAGGGGAGCAAGUGAUGCUUGAGGUGCCUGAUAUAUUGCCACUCCAUGACCCUGAUCUUUAUAUUGAGAUUGUGAAAAACACAAAGUCUGUCCCUGAAUAUUCAGAAGUGGCUUACCCAGAUUACUUUGGUCACAUUCCACCUCCAUUUAAGGAGCCUAUCUUAGAAAGACCUUAUGGUGUGCAGAGGACAAAAAUAUCCCAAGAUAUUGAAAGACUGAUUCAUCAGAAUGAUAUUAUAGACAGAGUCAUGUAUGACCUUGAUAAUCCCAGUUAUUCAGUGCCAGAAGAGGGGGAGAUUUUGAAGUUCAACUCCAAAUUUGAGUCUGGAAAUCUGCGCAAAGUUAUUCAAAUUAGAAAAAACGAGUAUGAUCUCAUUCUGAACUCAGAUAUAAACAGCAAUCACUAUCACCAAUGGUUUUAUUUUGAAGUCAGUGGAAUGCGACCAGGCAUUGGUUACCGGUUUAACAUCAUCAACUGUGAAAAGUCGAACAGUCAGUUUAAUUAUGGUAUGCAGCCCCUCAUGUAUUCUGUUCAGGAGGCGUUAAAUUCCAGGCCAUGGUGGACUCGUGUUGGGACAGAUAUUUGUUACUAUAAGAAUCACUUUGCUAGAAGUUCAAUUGCUGCUGGUGGUCAGAAAGGAAAAUCCUAUUACACAAUUACAUUCACAGUGAACUUCCCACACAAGGAUGAUGUCUGCUACUUUGCUUACCACUAUCCAUAUACGUAUUCGACUUUAAGGAUGCAUCUUCAGAAAUUGGAAUCCAUGCACAACCCUCAGCAGAUCUAUUUUCGACAAGAUACUCUGUGUGAGACCCUGUCUGGGAACAGCUGCCCUUUAGUCACUAUCACAGCCAUGCCGGAGUCGAAUUACUAUGAACAUAUCUGUCAGUUCAGGAAUCGUCCUUACAUUUUCUUAUCUGCUCGUGUACAUCCUGGAGAGACUAAUGCAAGCUGGGUUAUGAAGGGAACAUUGGAAUAUCUUAUGAGUAAUAACCCCACUGCCCAGAGUUUACGAGAAUCCUAUAUUUUUAAAAUUGUCCCUAUGCUCAACCCAGAUGGUGUCAUCAAUGGAAACCAUCGCUGUUCUUUAAGUGGGGAGGAUUUGAACAGACAGUGGCAAAACCCAAACCCAGACCUUCAUCCCACAAUUUACCAUGCCAAGGGCUUACUACAAUAUUUGGCUGCUAUAAAACGUUUGCCUCUGGUUUACUGUGAUUAUCAUGGUCAUUCUCGUAAAAAGAAUGUAUUCAUGUAUGGCUGCAGUAUCAAAGAGACAGUGUGGCACACUAAUGUUAGCGCUGCCUCUUGUGACCUGAUUGAGGACCUUGGUUAUAGGACUCUUCCUAAGAUUCUCAGUCACAUUGCCCCAACAUUCAGCAUGAGCAGCUGCAGUUUUGUAGUGGAAAAGUCCAAGGAAUCGACAGCACGUGUAGUUGUCUGGAGAGAGAUAGGAGUACAAAGGAGCUACACAAUGGAGAGCACGUUAUGCGGCUGCGAUCAGGGCAAAUAUAAGGGGUUACAGAUAGGGACACGAGAACUGGAAGAGAUGGGAGCCAAAUUCUGUGUUGCCUUACUGCGUUUGAAAAGACUGACCUCUCCACUGGAAUUCAAUCUGCCUUCUAGCCUCCUUGACAUUGAAAAUGAGUUGAUUGAAUCAAGCUGUAAAGUAACAAGCCCCACUACAUAUGUUCUGGAUGAAGAUGAGCCUCGCUUCCUUGAAGAAGUUGAUUAUAGUGCAGAGAGUAAUGAUGAGCAAGACAUUGAAUUGGCUGAUAAUGCAGGCGAUUAUGAACCCUCUGUUCAGGAAGAGGGGCUUUCUGACUCAGAAAUGACAAGGACACACCUGCCUUGAGCCAUCUUUGUAGACGCAAAGAAGAAAAUGAAUAUCCUGGUUUUUAGUGGACAGGAAACAGGGAAGUGUCUGGCUUUCAAGAGGGUUGGCUCAAAGAGACAGAAGUAAUUGAAGCCAGUUUAGCUGAAAGACAAUAAAUGUGUUUCUGAUUUAUGAUAAUAUUGGCAUUUGUUUUAUUUAAGGGAUUCAGUGCCUUCAUUUGGCACUGACUAUAUCAAACAAUUGCUUUACUAUUUCAUUUUCUACCAAGUAUUGUUGCAUGGCUUUUUGUGUCCUUAACCCUCUAUAAUCUCCAACAAAUGGAUUAUAAAUUGUAGUGUGUCGGGUACAGAAAUUAAUAUUAAAAUUCCUUGUGGUACAUACCUUUGAGUUUCUUCCUGAAAAAUACAUAUGUACAGGUUUUUUAAUUAAUUUGUGUGUUUAUUGAGGCUGAGGUUUUUCUUCAGAAUUAUGUUAAAUGUUUGAUUGUUUGAAGUAAUGCAGAGCUUGCUUUGAAACAGUUUAAUUCUACAGUUACUAAAUUAAACAAAAAUGAAAAUGUGA